AAAUGGAGAAAAUAUUAGCAGCGCAGCGCUUACGUACACACUAACUUUAUGUGAAAAACCAUGGCACAUCAUCAUGUACCACAAUCAAAUCUUUUUCUAGGUGGAAGGUCUGUACAUGAAGCACUCGGAGGAGGAAAAGUGGCAGAUGUGUUGUUGUGGAGCAACGAAUCUUCUAGAUAUGUCUCAGCUGCACUUUUGAUUGGGAUGACAGUCAUAUGGUUUCUUUUCGAAAUUGCUGAGUACAAUCUGGUUACUUUCCUCUGUCAAAUCAUCAUCACCACCAUGCUCGUUUUCUUCAUAUGGACCUCCAUUCAAGAUAAUUUCAACUGGACGAUUCCUCCCAAUAUCCAUGAUCCUAUACAGCGGACGUACUCUGAAUUCACAGAAGUGGCUUCCACCUUGCUCACAAUGUUGAACCAGUUUUUGCCAAACCUCCUCAAGAUUGCAUAUGAAAGAGAUCUAAAACGUUUCCUUUUGGCAAUUUUUUCUCUUUAUGUAUUAUCAGCUGUUGGAUCAUGUUUCAGCUUUCUGAAUCUCAUUUAUUUUGGCUUUCUUUGCAUGGAAACACUGCCAUUCCUGUACGACAAAUUUCGGCCCCAAGUAGAUAAUUUUAUUGAAGAAGCUAUGGGAAGCAUAAAAGGAACAUACAAUGCGUUCGACUCAAAGUUCCUGAACAAGAUUCCAAGAGGCCAUUUAAAGGAAAAGGGAAAUUGAUUUUAACAGCUGCGCAGCAGAAGUCAUCAUGACCUCUCUCUCCUCAUAUAUAUUCUUAGGGAGAUGGAAAGCUUUGUAUAAUUACAUGUAAGACAGUAGUUAAUUAUGGACAUGGAAGAUGAAACCAAAAGAAAGGAAUAUCCCAUUACUUGUAUAUAUAUAAUUCAAUAAGAAAGGAUGAAGAUAUAUACCCUCAAGACCUUUAA